GAAAUUUCUAGAGAAUUUUAGUCAUUCGGUCAUUAGCGACGACAGCCCUCUCUUCUACGAGGUUCCUCCGAAAGCAAGAGCAAAUACUUUUGGUCUGAGGUUUUUCGUGUGCAUCUUUUGGAAGGCCUCUUUGGAUUAGAAGAAUAAAAGAUGCAGAGAAUUCUGGCUGUCCUUUUGUUCCUAAGUGGGGUGGGUAUCUGCCUGUCUGGCAUCAUGGACAGACGGGUACCUGGUGGUGCCCCGGACGAAAGCGCUAAGGACAACUCCUUGGAACAAACCCCGGGGUCUAACUCCACAGAAAACGGAGAUGAGAACCGUUUCUACCACAUCUCGGAGUUCAAUUCCACGGAAACCGGAAGCAAUCGUUGGGGAGGUGGCUACUUUCCGUAUAACCCACUCAUGCCAAACAGUUUCUACCCAAUGGGAUCCAAUUUUCCCUAUUCCGCUGGUGGCUGCAGCCAAUAUUGCGUCAACAUGAUGGGCAUGCCCGAGUGCUGUGGCCAUCCCAUCACCCAGGUAGCGCCUUACCUCCCAAGAUGCCCCUACACCCGACCGAUGUGUAUGGGUCUGGAUAUGUCCCUCGGAGGGUAUUCGAUGCCCUGCCAGGGGCACAUGCAGUGCAUGCCCGCGCAAAUGUGCUGCCUAGACACGUGUCGUCGGCAGCACGUUUGUCAGCCUCCGCAGAUGCCCGGCAAUUUUAUGUUCCGCGAAGAAUUCCCGAUGCUGGGCUGAACACCGCCAUCUGCGCUUUGAAAAGUCCGGAAGGAAAUCCCGCUUUUCCACCUGUACUACAUAAGAAGUCUUGUGAAAUAUCUUCGAUCGCUAUAAUUUGGUUACUAUAUUGCUUCAUUAUUAUUCAUCUAAUAUUAUGACCGCUGAAGCCAUUCUUUUGCAAUGCCUGUUCAGUUUGUUUUUUGACAGUAGACGCUCGUAUAUAAAGAAUGAGCUAGUGUCUGUUACUCUUACAUCUCAAAGAAAGGCUGUGUUGUUGGAAGCUGCAGCUCCGUCAGCAGUAAUCUUGCUGCAGAUCUCAAGGACGUUUUCAUGCCGGUGGUAAAAUGGGGCUUGCUGGUCUGGUUAAUAGCUUCAUUGUUUCAUUUUUUCCGUCCGUCUCUUAUUAGUGCAUUUUUUUACCAAUCUAUUAUAAGUUAUUUUCUCUUUAUGCAUUGUACAGCUUUAUAGUUUGUUAUAAAUUGAUCUGCGGCUUUGUUUGAAUAAUUUUCAUUUUUAAAUUGGACUGACCUUGAGCAUAGUGAUAAAGUAGGUUAGUUGUUUGACCUCUGUAUAUUCAUUGACUGCUGUGCCUGUUUUACUGCUUAAUCUCUUUAUCUUUUUUACUUCACUGAACUUUUCACCUUAAUCGUUAUGCAUCUUGUGUGAAUACAUUUAACUGCUUUAUUGUUCGGUCAUUACGUUCAGCUGUUUCAUUACGUUCAAUAUUGAUGGUUCGCCAUGAACUGAUACCAAAUCAGAUUCUUUCAUUAUAUGACCUAUGACUUGACCAGAGACCUUUCAUAUUUUGGAUAGAAACCAAUUUAAUACUGGAGCUUUUCUUCUGUGGAUCUUGAAGGCAUCCCGGGGACUGGUAGAUCAAAAAACCCAGCUUUUGUGCCCAGCGUGCUCUAGGAUCGUUUGAAAUGUUUAAAUUCCGUUUUACUCGUAUUAAUUGUUUUUGGAUGAAAUAGAGACGGGGCCAGGUCUUAACAGAGAUUCAGAAUUUUUUCUUUAGAUUUCUCGGUAAGCCAUAGACAGUUUUGAAUGUCUUAGACUAAAUUCUACCAAAUUAAGAUUAACAUUUUAAUGAAAACAGUCGCCCAGACAAAUAUAAAGAAAAUCCCCCAGCCUAUAAGAUUCCACGUGUGUCCGGAAGACUGACUCUAUCCAGUGGAUAAGAACAGAAGCUCCUUUGAGUUGCUACUGAGGGAGGUAUGCGCUCUCUAAGUCUUCCCUAGUUGUUGACUUCAUACGCCGUGGACCCUUGACUUCUUGUACGAGUACAUUGAUUAGUCCUGUGAUGUUUGCCUAUAAUGUGAUUUCAAGGGGGUCUUCCCUCAACAGUAUUUUUGUUAUUAAAAGUAUGGUAAAUAAA